AGGAGGAAGGUGUAUUUAGCUGGGCGAGUCCCAGGGUAGGAGGUGGGGGGAACCUUCCCGGGCUGAGGCACCCAAGGUAACGGGGCUGCGGCCCGCGCACGUGCGCGGGUGGGGCCAGGGGAGCCCGUGGAUCCGCUCGCUCCCGGUUUCCCGCCGCGCGCAGACGCCGGAUGAGCGAGGUCGCGGAGGAAGCAGGUCCGGCCAAAGGGGGACACCUAGGUCUGCGAGACUCCCACCUGCUGAGGACCCCGGUGCAGCCAUGGGCUACCAGGGGCAACAGCCCAUCGUCUCGCCACAGCGCGAUCUAGAUGACAAAGAAGCCCUCGUUUCUGAACAUAAGCACAAAAGGAAAACUUGUCGUCAGUUUGCUGCUGUUUUUAAUGUUGUCAACUCGAUUAUAGGAUCUGGUGUAAUAGGAUUGCCUUAUUCAAUGAAGCAAGCUGGCUUUCCUCUGGGAAUAUUGCUUUUAUUCUGGGUUUCAUAUGUUACAGACUUUUCCCUUGUUUUAUUGAUAAAAGGAGGGGCCCUCUCUGGAACAGAUACUUACCAGUCUUUGGUCAAUAAAACCUUCGGCUUUCCAGGGUAUCUCCUCCUCUCUCUUCUACAGUUUUUGUAUCCUUUUAUAGCUAUGAUAAGUUACAACAUAAUAACCGGAGACACUUUGAGCAAAGUUUUCCAAAGAAUCCCAGGAGUUGACCCUGAAAACUUGUUCAUUGGUCGCCACUUCAUUAUUGUGCUUUCCACGGUGACUUUUACUCUGCCUUUGUCCUUGUACCGAGAUGUAGCAAAGCUUGGAAAGAUCUCUCUUAUGUCUACAGUUUUAACCACUCUGAUUCUUGGAAUUGUAAUGACAAGGGUAAUUUCAUUGGGCCCACACAUACCAAAAUCAGAAGAUGCCUGGGUAUUUGCAAAACCCAGUGCCAUUCAGGCUAUUGGUGUUAUGUCGUUUGCAUUUAUUUGCCACCAUAACUGCUUCUUAGUUUAUGGUUCUUUGGAAGAACCCACAGUGGCUAAGUGGUCCUGUAUCAUCCAUGUGUCCACCUUGGUUUCUGUAUUUAUCAGUAUUCUCUUCGCUACAUGUGGAUACUUGACUUUCACUGGCUUCACCCAAGGAGACUUAUUUGAAAAUUAUUGCAGAAAUGAUGACCUGGUAACGUUCGGAAGGUUUUGUUACGGAGUCACUGUCAUUUUGACGUACCCAAUCGAAUGCUUUGUGACUAGAGAGGUAAUUGCCAAUGUGUUUUUCGCUGGGAAUCUUUCAUCAGUUUUCCACAUAAUCAUAACAGUGGUUAUCAUUACUGCAGCCACACUCGUGUCAUUGCUGAUUGAUUGUCUUGGAAUUGUUUUAGAGCUCAGUAUGCCAUUUGGAUGUGAAGUUCUAGAAAAAGGCGGUGGGAGAUUCAGUCAGGAGCACACUGUUGGAGAAUUUUUUGUAGCAGUGUAUGUGAACAGCAGGGAGUAG